AUGGUUUCCUACCCCGACUCCCAGGUCGGGAGCAACGUCAGCGCCGAGCGCGCCAGCUCGCUCACCAUCCGCCGCCCGCCCUCGGUCGCCUCGCACUCCUCGCGCACGUCGACCAUCCGCCGACACCGCCCCCACCGCUCUGGAGGAUCAAGCUAUGGAGGGAGCAGCGUCGGGUCGCAGAACGAGUUCCCCGUCUUCACACACACGGGCGACGUCGAGAUCGUCAUCAGCAACGGGCGCAGGGAGAAGCGCUACCUGCUGCACAAGCUGAUCCUGACGCAAUGCUCGGGCUUCUUCGACGCCGGGACCAGCGAGGAGUGGUCGGGCGCUGGCGAGGGGAGCGUCGCGCAGAACAUGAGCGCGGCGGCGCUGGCGAGGAACCCUGCAGGCUCGCGGCAGGACAGGAAGAAAUGGCGCUACGAGCUGGACUGGGGCAGCGACGACGACGUGCCCAUGCUCGUGCAGAAGCGCGCACAACCCGCCUUCAGCACAGUGUUCGGCGACGGCACGCACCCACCGCCCGCGCGCAACAAGCCCAUCGCCCCCUCCUCAAACUUCCUCCGCAGCACGACCAACUUCUCCACCGCCCAGCUCUCCACCGCCCAGCUCUCCACCUCCACACCCACCCCGGCUCCCCUCGACCCCGACGACAAUACCUUCCGCGACUACGAUAACCUCUUCCGCAUCUUCUACAACCACGCGCCCUCGCUCGACACUCUGAACAUCGCAAACGCCUACGUCGAGUGCAAAGCACUCCUCCAACUCGCCGACAUGUACUCCGCCAUCGACGUCAUCGGACCACGGGUGGAUCACCAUCUGCUCCGCUUCCAGGGGCGGCUGUGGAAGCAAAUCGCAAAGUACCCGCCGAGUUACUUGAAGUUGGGGUACAUGGCGCGCUCGAAAGCGAUUUUUGCCGAGGCCAUGGUGCACGUUGUCGGGCAGUGGCCUGCCGCACUCCCUCAGCUACGAAACCAGGUCCCCGACGCGGUGCUUGAUCUCAUAGAAGACAAGUUCGAGGAUAUGGAUGAGCUCAAGGUGAAAGUCGAGGUCAAGCUGUUCAGACUCAGUCUCACAACAAGCCGCGGUGAGCGCGUCAGUCCGAGUUCGAAUUGGCUAGACUGGAUGGCCGUCUCCCUGUUUCGCCAAUGGCUCGCUGAGAACACAACACCACCUCCCGCCCCCAUCCUUAAAUCCCCAAGGAACGGGAGUGCGACUCCGCGCCCAGAUCUCAGCGCGAACUUUAAUACCGGGAGGGUGUUCAGGCUCCUCGGCGCCGGCGGACCCAGCUACCUGAAUCACGACGAAUGCAAGCGGUUUCUGCGGCUGCAGCACGAUCAGUACAACCGCGAGAAUCUGAAGAGGUUUGAGAGAAGGAUCGAAGAGGUGAAGAACAAGGCCAAGGACGCGGUUAAGCCGCUGAUGAGGAAUUUUCUGGAGUUGGAUCUUAGGGAAGGGGGGCUGCCGUAUUUGACGUGUACGAGGGUGGACCCGCAGGAUUUUCCUUGGGAUGCGGUAUAG